AUGACCUACGGUGAUUCAGCGGGUCAGCGGGAAGUCAUGGGCCGUUCUGCCCACGCCGCCUUUCUGGAUGACGCCGGUGCGUCGCUGGGUCUUCGUUCAAGCCGCGGGGCAUCUGCCUUUCUGGGAGGAGUGCCACCGCGGGCAGCUCGGGGUUCAUCCUUCUUCGGCACCACCAUCAAGUUCUUUCCAAAGAGCCCGGAGUUGAAAGAACAAGAGGUGAGCUGUGACCAGGACCUAGGAGUGUGCAAUCGAGAAUGCGAAAAGCGCUAUGGCGAUCGCAGAGCCGAGUUUGAGGAGCCCUGCAAGCUGGCAGUGGCACAGCACUUCGAGGAUGGAUGUUUCCCGCCCUUUGCCCGCGUUUGCGAGCGAACUGCCGGAGAGCUCUGGAUCUCCGAGGUGAAGGUGGGACAUGAGCUGAAGACCAGCAGCGGCUGGUCUAAGGUCAUCGCUUCCCUACAUUCUGAUGCCCAGGGAAGCUUCCAGUACUUCUGCCUCCAGACCGCCGAUGGCCGUUCCCUGUCCUUGACGGGGGACCACUUGUUGCGCCUGCGGCGCGAUGACGUGUGGCACUGGCGACGCGCCAAAGAUGCGCGUAUUGGAGACCAAUUGGAAGAUGCGGAGGGCGAUUCGGUGGAACUCGUGAAGAUGAGCUGCGUCCCCUGGCAGGGGGCCUACGCACCUCUCACACUUUGUGGCGAGCUGCUGGUGGAUGGCUGGCGUUGUUCCUGUUUUGCACCGCGCUGGGCUUUGCCUCAUGACUUCUGUCAAGCAGCGUUUGCACCUUUGCGAGCUGCUGUGCUGGCAGCGCAGAAGAUCAAGACGUCUCAGGAUCUGGAAGCUCCUGGUGCCUGCCUGUCUUUGGGCUCCUUGUGGUUGGCUGCAGAAGAUGUGUGGCUCUUCUAUCAUCAGGCACUAUAGAAGUUCGAAGUUGCAGAGUGAGCAGAUAGAAUGCGAACUGACUCAGUAUGGAGAGGAGUCAGGAUUGAAUCAUAUAUCCUCUAUGUCAGCACGCGGCAAGAG